AUGUCAACACGUUAGUAUCCAAUUUUUCAAAAGAAUGGGCCACAGCUACGAACAUUUUUGCCAAACUUUUGGUUGAAGCUUGUCCGAACACCUGAACCACAACCCAAAAACGUAAUUAUCUUUAUUUGUUCAAUGGAAAUGACGAAGUAUGAUAUCAAGAAUUAUUUGGUAAAAAUUUACAGCUUAUCGGUUGUAGAUGUGCGAACAAGAGUAGCGCUUGGCGAAAUAAAACGUGACAGGAUUAAAAAUUAUAUAACUAAAGAUGACGAUACGAAAUAUGCUUAUGUUACCUUACCCAAAGAUCAAAAGUUCGGCUUUCCAAACUUAUUUCCUGAGAAAAACAAAGAAAAGAAAGAAAGCGAAGACAGAGCUAUCGAGGAUUCUAAAAAAGGCUUUAAAAAUUUUUUGGAUAGAAAUAAAAGUCGUCCUGGAACUCCGAGUUGGUUUUCAAUUUGAAAACAGAUUAA